ACUCCUAUAUCUUCCCUCUCUCUUUUCCACCAACCAAACUUCUCUCUCUCUCUCUCUCUCUCUCUACCAUGGAGGUCUCAUGGGAAGACAGUGUCACGGCCUCCAUCAACACCAUUUACCUCCUCUUUUCGGCGUACCUCGUCUUCGUAAUGCAGCUCGGCUUUGCCAUGCUCUGUGCCGGCUCUGUCCGGGCAAAGAACGCCAUGAACAUAAUGCUCACCAACGUUGUUGACGCCGUUGUAGGUAGCAUCUCUUAUUACUUCUUCGGCUUUGCUUUUGCCUUUGGCGAUGGUUCCAAUUCCAACCCUUUCAUUGGCACCAACUUCUUUGCGCUUUACAACAUUCCCAAUAGCUCUUACGACUACAGCUUCUUUCUUUACCAGUGGGCUUUCGCCAUAGCCGUUGCAGGAAUUACCAGUGGCUCAAUAGCAGAAAGAACCCAGUUCACUGCUUACCUUAUCUUCUCGUUCUUCCUGACUGGGUUCGUGUACCCAAUUGUGGCUCACUGGGUUUGGUCAUCUAGUGGUUGGCUCAGUCCCAGUUCCAGUGAAUUGUUGUUUGGUUCAGGUGCCAUCGACUUUGCUGGUAGUGGUGUGGUGCAUUUGGUUGGUGGGAUUGCUGGGCUUUGGGGCUCUUUCAUAGAGGGCCCGAGGGUGGGCCGGUUCGAUGCGUUUGGGAAGCCCAUGCAAAUGAGAGGCCACAAUGCAACUCUUGUUGUGCUGGGCACAUUUUUGUUGUGGUUUGGGUGGUUCGGGUUCAAUCCCGGCUCGUUUGAUAAGAUUCUAGUGGCCUAUCCGAACACGACAGACCAAGGAAACUGGACUGGCGUGGGCCGGACCGCGGUCACUACUUCCUUAGCCGGAUCGACCGCCGGAAUCGUAACCUUAUUCGGCCGACGAUUACUAGUGGGCCAUUGGGAUGCUUUGGACGUUUGCAAUGGGGUGCUAGGUGGGUUUGUUGCGAUCACAUCGGGUUGCUCGGUUGUUGAGCCGUGGGCUGCGAUUGUGUGCGGGUUUUUCGCUGCAUGGGUCUUGAUUGGGCUCAACAUCUUGGCCCUAAAACUGCAGUUUGAUGACCCAUUGGAGGCAACCCAAUUGCAUGGUGGUUGUGGUGCUUGGGGUUUGAUAUUUACAGGCUUGUUUGCUAAAGAGGAAUUUGUGAUUCAAGUCUUCGAUUCAGGCGAGUCAGGCGUGGUCAGGCCAUAUGGUCUGUUAAUGGGUGGAGGCUGGGGCUUGCUGGGAGCUCAGGUGGUUGAGGUUUUGGUGAUUGUGGGGUGGGUUAGUUUGACAAUGGGGCCUCUUUUCUAUGCCCUUCACAAGCUAAGUAUUUUGAGAAUCUCCGUUGAUGAUGAAAUUGCAGGGCUUGAUAUCUCUAGCCAUGGAGGCUAUGCCUAUGUCCACCAAGAAGAAAACCAGCCUCGCUUUUAUGCAGAUUACAUACGUAUGCAAAAUGAUCGAUCCUGAACCAAAAUCAUCCGCAUGAUGUACAUGUAUAUUUAUUCAUUCAUCAUAGGCUUGUGAUUUGGCUUGUGCUCCAUAUAUAUUAUGCUACGAUUUUUUCUUCUUUGUU